UUUAACCCACAAAUUAAAUAGCUGUGCUGGAAAAGUCUGAGAAGUCACAGUUCUUGGAUCAGCUGAACACAAUCCUCAGUCAAGAUGAUACACAUUUCAGGACUUGUUGUCUGUCUGCUGGCACUGACGGCUGAGGCCCAUGUAGGACAUUCUACUGGAACCUGGAUGUAUGAGCUCAUUUGUGAGACUGACUUCUAUGAGGUCCGUGAAUACAAGUCUGCAACUUGGGUUACAACUUCAUCCCUGUUCAUUGAAGAUGCACUCCAACGUUUAUUUGGGUAUUUCAACGGUUCCAACAUUCAUGGAACAACAUUUGACAUAACACCUCCUUUGAUUGUGACGGUCCCUAACAACAGUUCUCUGGAAAAAACAGUCUACUGGAGUUUCUUGCUGCCAACUGUACCUUUCUCUCCCACUCCUACUGAUGAUUUGGUGUCCCUCACUGACACAGCACCCAUGACAAUGUUUGUGCUACAUUCAUUGCCCAACAACACCGAUGUCAACAUGACCAUGUAUCAAUCAGUUCUUGACGCAGCCAAUUAUAAUCGCGAGGUCCACUACGCUGUGUAUUACAAUCCCCUCUCUUCUUCUUGGAGAGAUGAGGUGUGGUUUCAUAUUCCUCGGAACCCGGCUGACACCAGUGGGGAAUGGAGCAGUGAGGAAAUGCCCCUUUUAUGCCCUUGAUGGCUUAAAUACAACUGACUUUGGCAUAUUUGUUUCGUUAUGAUUGAAAUACUCUGGUGAAAUGAAGGCCAUAAAUCACCUUGGUUGGAUUUAUGUUAUAUUCAUUAAAGUCGGUUGCCUCCA